GGUCCAUGCCGCGAUCGGUACCGGGAUCGGGGCCGGGACCCGAGACGCGAUCGGUGCCGCCGGCCCGGAACGGCCGCGCCCCGGCCGCGCUUUCCGGGGAGCGUUGGCGCUGCGGGACGGGCGGGCCCGGCGCCGCCAUGGCCGCGUCCCCCGCCCAGCGGCGCCGCUGGAAACGGGAGCAGGCCCGGCUGAGGGCCAGCGUGCUGGAGGAGGACACUGAGCCCUGGCAGAAGGAGCCGCAGUUCUCGGGGCUGCACAGAGUGGGAGGCGUGGAUUUAUCCUACAGCAAAGAGGACGAGAGCCGAGCCUGCGCCUCCCUGGUCGUGCUCAGCUACCCGGAUCUCGAGGUGCUGUACCAGGACUGCCGCAUGGUGCCCGUCACUGCCCCGUACGUGGCUGGGUUCUUGGCCUUCCGAGAGGUCCCUGUCCUGGUGGAAGCUGUGCAGAGACUUCAGCAGGAAGAGCCCCAGCUCCAGCCUCAGGUGCUUCUGGUAGAUGGGAAUGGCCUGCUCCAUCCCAGAGAAUUUGGCAUAGCCUGUCACCUCGGAGUCCUGACAGACCUGCCGUGCAUUGGCGUGGCCAAGAACCUCCUGCACGUGGAUGGCUUGGUCAGGGAUGAGCUGCACAAGGAGCAGGUUCGUUCCCUGCAGAGGUCAGGAGAGGCAUUCCCACUGACAGGUGCCUCGGGGAAGGUCCUGGGCAUGGUGCUGCGGAGCCACAGCAACAGCUCCAGACCCCUGUACGUGUCCGUGGGCCACCGGGUGAGCCUGGGCACGGCCGUGGCCCUGGUCAGGGCCUGCUGCCGCUUCCGCGUCCCGGAGCCCAUCCGGCAGGCUGACAUCAGGUCCAGGGAGUACCUUCGGAGGCAGCCCUGUGCUCCGGUGGAGGGGCUGGAGGCUGCCCCUGCCAGCCCAGAGAGCAAAAAGGAGACUGAAUCAGAGGAUUAGGCUGGUGCCAGAGGAAAGUGCAGAGCUUCUCUUCACUGGGUCCUGUCCCGCACCAAGGCUGGGUCCUGCUGGGUGCAGGAGCCCAGUGCCAGCCUGGGAGCCAGCUGUGCCAGGCUGUGUCCCACAGCACAGCACCAGCCACUGCUCAGGGAGAAUCCCUGCAGUGAAUUUCUCAGGGUUCCUUUUCCAGUACUGUUAAAGUCUUUGUGUAAGCAAAGCUCACGUGUGAGUUCGCAGCGCCUAGGUGUGUCCCACCACACCUCUGUGGCACUCUGAGAGCCCUCCCUUCCCUCUGGUUUUGGAGCAGCUUCCCCCAGUCCCUGCAGCCUGGGCUCUCCAUUCCCCCUGCACGUCCCUGGGGAGCAGCAGCCCCACUGCCCAGCUCUUGUGGAGGAAGGAUCAUCUCAGGGGAAAGGAUGGGAGCAGCCAUCUCCCUCCCAGGAGCAUGGGGAGGUCAUUCCUGGCACACAGAGUGCUCCAGGUGCCCGGAGCCCAGGCUGGAGAUCUGUCCCAGCUCAGCCUGAGGAGCAGAGCCCAGAGCUUCUGUGCCCAAAUCAUCCUCAACCCUCAUCCAGCCUGCAGGACCAAAGCUGAGGAAGUGACAAACCCUGGGGCCACCAGGGCAGGGCUGGGGCUGGUCCUGGCACUGCUGGGGACAGGCACUGGCAGGGCCUUCCCUAAAAUGCCUUUCUGACAGGUUUUAGAAAGGACACUUCCCUAAAAAGCCUUUCUGACAGGUUCAGAAGCCAAAGCUGCAGCUCCCAGCCCUGCACAGGAGCCGCCUCUCCUGGAAGCCUCAGAGCUGCUUCCCACCAGGGUUUGUCCAGGGGUGGACAGAGCCUGCAGGGAGCCCCACAGAGGAGGCUGCUCCUCUGAUCCUGAGGGCUGCUGCCAGCCUGGGGCACAGGGAGCACCGGGCUGGUGCCUGCUGCUGGCUGUGGCAGGGGACACAGGGACAGCCGUGUGCCAUCCCUGCAAGGACACAGAACCUCUGCCAUGGCCUGAGGAGCAGGGUGGGGACAGCCACAGCCAGCAGGGAUCACUCCAGCGUUCCUCAUGCCAGCCCCACACAAGCCAGUGGCUUCUCUGGCCAUGGGGACGAUCUCCUAAAGCCUGUCACAGGUUCAGGCACCAGUGACAGGGUGGGCAGGGGCCAGCUCCUUCCCAGAGCUCAUGGCAGAGCACCUGGGCAAUCACCUGGGUUUCUGAUUUGGCCUGUGCUGGGAGGGCCAUCCCUGGCUCAUCCCCAGUUCUGGGUGACCCCACUCCACUGCAGAUUGAGCCCAGGUGUGCUGAGCCAGGCUCCUCAUGUGGCUCAGCCGUGCUGGGGGAGGCUCUGAGGGGAGCAGCUCCUCCAGGACAGCCCUGGCAGAGCAGGGGAACCUUCAGAGUGUGGGACUGUGGCCUCUCCUGCCCUGGUGAGUGUCUGGCUUUCAUCUCGUGUUCAAUGUCUGUGGUUUUAAUCCCUGAUCUAUUGGUGGCUUUGGUGUGCUUUUGGUUGGUAUCUGACAAUGAGGGAUUUGGGUUGGGCUGGUCAGGGGAGGCUCUGCAGCCAGGGCUGUGAUUUGGGUGGCAGCUGGAGGAAUUGAGCCCAGCUCAGGCAGAAGGUGAGGCUGUGGCUGCUCAGGGUCUGGCACUGUGUGCUCCUGCUGGCAUCCGGGUGUUUUGAUCCAUGGAGGCUCCGUGUGCUCAGCCUGUGAGGGACCCAGGGCUGGGGACACUGCAGGGACUCUGCUGUCCUCAGCUGGCCUGAGCCCCCCCAGCUGCCUCUGCCCACGGGUGAGGGAAAAAAUAAAAAAAUACAGCAUAAAAACCAGCUCUGCAUCACUGCCCUGGCUUCCCUCUGCCUGAGGCUCCGAACUCCUCCCAGCCCAGGUAAACUCAGGUGACUCUGGAUGAGUCACCUGGGGAGGCUUUGGUGCUGCAGUGUCCUGGCAGCCCCAGCAGCCCUGCUGGAGCCAGGGGCCCUGUGCUGUGCUUUGGGCUUUGCCUGGCCUCUCCCAGCUGCCCAAACGUGGCAGUUUAGUCCUUCCUAAAGGAAGGGACUAAUCUCUGUGUUUGGUGUCUGCUUGUGGCUCUCUGGACACAAUAAGGGAUUAACUUGGUCUUUAUCUAAUUGGUUUAUAACCCUGGGAAGGGAAAAUCGCUUUGUAAUGCUUGAAACCUCUUAACAGAAACUCAGAGACUGGAGACUGAGUGUCCUUCGAAAUAAACUCAUACAUGGCUUGUCUUUUUUAA